CGCAGUGCUGGGGAUGGAGCGGCGGCGGAGAGCCGGCAUCGCCCUCACCCUCAGCUCCCUGUCCCUGCUCUUCUCCGUCACCGCCUUCUGCAGCAGCUACUGGUGCCAGGGCGUCCGCAAGGUGCCCAAACCCUUCUGCACCGGGGCCGCCCGGGAGAAGGCGGGGCUCUGCAUCCGCGGCAACGGCUCCGACUCCAACGGCAGCGCCGCCGUGCACUACUCCUGGGAGACCGGCGAAGACAAGUUCCUGGAGCGGCGCUUCCAUGCCGGCAUCUGGGUGUCCUGCGAGGAGACCGUCAGCGGGGACGGUGAGAAAUGUCGCAGCUUUAUUACUCUCACGCCCCCUGCAGAUCGAGGCGUCUUGUGGCUCUCGAUCGUGGCUGAAGUCCUGUACAUCACGUUGCUCCUCACAGGAGUCAGCCUUAUGUCGGUGGAGGUUUGCUAUUAUACCUCAGUUAUUGAUGGCCUCAAGCUCAACGCCUUUGCUGCCAUUUUUACUGUUUUAUCAGGGCUGCUCGGGAUGGUUGCACACAUGAUGUACACAACGGUGUUCCAGAUGACGGUCAAUCUUGGUCCAGAGGAUUGGAGACCUCAGAACUGGGACUAUGGCUGGUCCUACUGUUUGGCGUGGGGCUCAUUCACGUGCUGUAUGGCGGCAUCGGUAACUACCAUCAACAGAUACACAAAGACCAUCCUAGAAUUCAAGCAGAGGAGACGGAACCUGGAGAGAAGUUUACAGAACAAGCAGAAAACACAGGAGGCGGACGGCUCUCCGCCGGUGUGGGACAUCUGUAUAAACUCGUUACAUGGUAACAGAGAGGGCUUCGUGGAUUUAGCGAUACCAGCGCAGAAUCCCUCAAACUACGGAAACCUGAAUCAUUUCCCCAAUACGCAGUGUGACGAGUACUGCUAGUUUUUACUACAUUUCUGGUGAUUAUUUACUAUUUUUUAAUAAAAUCAAUGA